GCAAUUUCACAAUCUCUUUCUCAAAUAUAUCUUUUACAACCGUUCGGUUGUAAAUUUAGUUUUCUAUUUAUUCUGCAGAGCGUCCGCCCCAAUCUAAUUUGUUACAAUGGACAUCACUCCUCCAUCGGAUCCAUCAUCGGAGGAACAUCCGGAGGAGCGUAAGUCCUACCAAAGAAUAGACUUCUCAGAUUUCAUAAGCGCGUUGAAAGAAAGUCAUAUGUUGUUGGAACACACAGGGGAGCAGUACAAUUCUCCCGAAUGUAUGAAGGAAUGGGAUAAAAUUGGUGAAAAAUUGCCCAUGCUGUCUAAGAAUGAGUUCAAAAGCCAGAAGAAAGCUUUUUUGUUACGCAAAAAGAGAUGUUCUCCCAGAAGCACUCUGAAAGAAUUCCUCGAAAAGAGCGCUUUUAAACGUCCCACAAACCUACAGGAGCGAUAUUUAAAACGUCGACAGACAGAGGAAGAUUACUGUCUUACAACAGCCCAACAACAACACAAUGCCACAAAACGGACACAGAUUGUCCAGCAAUACGGUUUGAAGGAAGAAGCUCACAACCUCACAUACAACGUCGACGCAUUUUCCUGCGACGACGGCAGCAGCAUGGCCAACGGUGCCAUGCCAGCACAUAAAAAUAAUGUUAAGAUGGAAACCAUUACUCCAAUGUCGGCCAGUGGUGAUGCCGGUAGCUACUCGCGGCCAGCACAUGACAAUAUUUUUAAAGAAGAAGACAUUUUUCGAAUGCCGGUGAUAGCUGAUUUAGCAAGUAACUACUCACAGCGGCCACCCCAGCUGCAGCAGCAACAACAGCAAAAGAUGAUAGAUGCCCUGCAGCAGCAAGUGCAACAACAGCAAAAGACGAUAGAUGCUUUGCAGCGGCAAGUGCAACAGCAAAAGACGAUAGAUGCUUUGCAGCAGCAAGUGCAACAAAAGCAAAAGAAAAUAGGUGCCCUGUUGCAGCAACUGCAGCAGCAACAAAAGCAGCAGUGCAACAACAACCACAGCACCUGCAAGAGCAACAAAUGCAACAACUGCACCUGCAGUAGCAACAAAUGCAACAACUGCACCUGCAGUAGCACCAAAUGCAACAACAACUGCACCUGCAGUAGCAACAAAUGCAACAACUGCACCUGCAAUAGCAACAAAUACAACAACUGCACGUGCAGUAGCAACAAAUGCAACAACUGCAGUCACAACAGUUAUUUUAACAAUCGCUUUUAA